AUGCGUUCACUCUCAUUCGGAACACCAAGCAUCCACCGAACGUCUCCAAUUAACCAUUUCUGUCGACAACUCUCACCUCAGCCCAAGAAAGCCAUCCAAUCUCUGCCCUCUCCCUCACCUCAGCCCAAGAAAGCCAUCCAAUCUCUGCCCUCUCCCUCACCUCAGCCCAAGAAAGCCAUCCAAUCUCUGCCCUCUCCCUCACCUCAGCCCAAGAAAGCCAUCCAAUCUCUGCCCUCUCCCUCACCUCAGCCCAAGAAAGCCAUCCAAUCUCUGCCCUCUCCCUCACCUCAGCCCAAGAAAGCCAUCCAAUCUCUGCCCUCUCCCUCACCUCAGCCCAAGAAAGCCAUCCAAUCUCUGCCCUCUCCCUCACCUCAGCCCAAGAAAGCCAUCCAAUCUCUGCCCUCUCCCUCACCUCAGCCCAAGAAAGCCAUCCAAUCUCUACCCUCUCCUUCUCCACUAUUCUUCUACAGGUGUUUUGGGUCUUCCUCUAUUUUUGCCUUCUGGUGUCUAAGAAGGAGCUAUGUUGUAAUCAUUGUUAUGGUCUUGUCCGAAGAUGUGUCCAAUGAAUUUCCACCUUCCCUACCUAAUUUCUUGGCUAAAUGGCUUCAUGUCUGA